AUGGAUUUUAUAUCAACGAGACGAAGGAUGAACGGCCAGGAUUGCCACCCUACUACUAUUGGUGGGCCAUUACUGCCGUCGGAUUCAUAUGUAGGACAUUUACAGUUUAACUUGUUCAGCUGUAUCCAAGAUUUUUGUCCUCAUCAUCUACAGUUGGCACUGAGCAAGAGAAUUGAGGAAAACAAAUCCCCGUUGUAUCAGUUAAUUGGUUCUAAAAUACUAGGUUCAACUUUAAGAAUUCAGUCCUGCUCGGAUGAAGCAACUGAGCUUUCAAAAUGUUCGAUUCAAUGGUAUCGUUUGUCUUCUCAGUGCAGCCGCAGGGAACCUGUUUCAGGUGCCAACAAGUUUGUUUAUGCUCCAGAGCCCAUCGACGUUGGACGAGUUCUUCAGGUUGAUAUUGUUUCAAAUGGCCAAAAGGUCUCAGUAACAACUUCAGGUCCUAUAGAUCAAGCUGCUGACUUGGGGUGCUAUGUGGAGACUAUUUUACAAAAGCCAAACAAUGACUUCAAUGUGGUUAUCUUCCAGAUGAAUGGACGGAAUUAUUCGUCGCAUUCAGUGCACUUAUUUCACGUCAGCAAAACUAGGAUAAAGCUCAGUAAAGGAUGGAUGACGAAGGCCAGAGAGUCGUACUCUGGGUCUAUGCAGCUAUGUGGAUUCAGAGGAGGAGGCAACUUUGCAGCAAAGUCAAUAUUUUGGCAAGCUAGAAAAGGAUAUUCCUUCGUUCUAGUUUUUGAAUCCGAACGGGAAAGAAAUGGAGCCCUUAUUCUUACCAGGAAGAAUGCACUCGACUGCAACGUCUUGCUUGCUGGUCCAGACGAUGAUAUCUUAUUGUAAAGAUUGCAGUGAAAUGUUUCGAGUGUCAAACAAGUUGCAUCUGUUCUAGGCAUGGUUUUACCAUUUUUCACCUGAUGGUGUCCAUUGGCGAUUUGCUAGUAGUUGUAAAUAUUAAUACUGCGAAAACUAAACCUGUUCAAUCAAAAUAUAUGUAAAAAAAAUUGGGGAAAAAAAAAAAGUUAAAAAUAUCAAAUAGUGCUAAGAGUCUACCGAUUCACACGAGAACCAAUUUCCUUGUAAACCCACUAAUGCAUU